GAGGAAGCGAGGAGAGUGUGGAGGAGAGUGUGGAGGAAGCGAGGAGAGUGUGGAGGAAGCGAGGAGAGUGUGGAGGAGAGUGUGGAGGAAGCGAACGGGACCCGCAGCAGCUCCGGCGGCGGUGUGCAGGACCGAGUUUCGCAGUGGGAGAACAGAAGGCGCAGACACUGAGCCAUGUUCACUGAGGUGCUGGUUGCUCUGGUGAUCGGAGGACUGAUCUUCUUCCUGGUUCAGAGGAGCAGGAACCAGGUUCUGAAGACAGAGGAUGGCUGGUGGGGGGCCGGAGCACCCCCUGAUGGUGGGGAGGACAUCACCAUCCGCCCCUUUAAAGUCACCACCAGUGAUGAAGAGCUGGAGGACCUAUACAGGAGGAUAGACCAGACUCGCCCUGUUCCUUCACUAGAGGACAGCCAGUUUAACUAUGGCUUCAACUCCCAGUACCUGCAGAAGGUGGUCUCUUACUGGAGAAAUGAGUUUGACUGGAGGAGACAAGUUGACAAACUCAACCAGUACCCCCACUUCAAAACCAAAAUCGAAGGCAUUGAUAUCCAUUACCUGCAUGUGAAGCCCAAGAAGGUGCCAGAGGGAACUACUGCUGUUCCUCUGAUAAUGGUUCACGGCUGGCCCGGCUCCUUCUAUGAGUUCUAUGGGUUGAUCCCUCGGCUAACAGAACCAUCAGACCCAGGUGACCUUGUGUUCGAGGUGGUGUUUCCCUCCAUACCAGGCUACGGGUUUUCUGAAGCACCACAUAAGAAAGGUUUUGAUUCAGUUUGUGCGGCACGCAUCUUCCACAAACUGAUGAAGCGCCUGGGCUUCCAGCAGUUCUACGCUCACGGAGGAGACUGGGGCUGGCUGGUCACCACGAACAUGGCUCAGCUGGAGCCCAAGACAGUCAAAGGCUUGCAUGUGAACUUUGCCCCGCCCUCCAAGCCGGGGUUGCCCAUGGCUUUAUCCAUCAUGCUCGGCCGUCGCUUCCCUAAGCUGUUUGGCUUCACUACCAUGGAUAUUCAGCGUCUCUUCCCCUGCAUGGAGAAACUGGUGGUGGAGUCCAUCAAAGAGUCUGGCUACAUGCACAUCCAGGCCACCAAGCCUGACACCGUGGGUCGAGGACUGAAUGAUUCUCCAGUGGGUCUGGCUGCUUACAUUCUGGAGAAAUUCUCCACGUGGACGAGCCUCGACUUCAGGAACCUGGAGGACGGAGGACUCACCAGGAAGUUCUCUCUGGAUGAUCUGCUGACUAAUGUGAUGAUCUAUUGGACGUCUGGCUGCAUCGUCUCCUCCAUGAGGUUCUACAAAGAAAACUUUGGCAAAGGCCUCAACCAGCCUCACUCUGAGAUGCCAGUGUAUGUUCCCACUGGGUUUGCCUGCUUCCCCAACGAGCUGAUGCACACUCCCAAACUAUGGGUCAAACAGAAAUACCGUAAACUCAUGACCUUCACGCCCAUGGUCCGUGGGGGCCAUUUUGCUGCCAUGGAGGAGCCCCAGCUGAUGGCCGAGGACAUCCAGAACUUCACUAAGACAGUGGAGAAGAAGAAGAAAUAGUAGGGGGGGAAUGUCCUAAAAGUACAGUAUGAAAAUAUUGAUAAGCAGAUGGAUGAAUAGAAAAAACUGGAACACAGUGGUGAGCAGUAGAAGUCGACGUGUACACAUUGUGAUUCCAGAUAGUGAAGUAAGCCCUGUUUCUCUGAGGUGAAAUUGAUAAUGUAGUAUAGCUCUAUCAGUGAAAUUCCUGAUCAUACGUCUUCAUGAUUGAGCCGGUCUUAUGCAGUGUCAGUAACAGAAACCUGAACAGUCAAAGAAGCAAAACAGAAGGAGCAAGUCUUGAGUCUGCUUUAGGAAUAGACGGAUGGUGAGAAGAGCUGGAGCGGGGAUGUACAGUAAUCAAAAAAGAUGAUACCGGCUUGUUAUAAAAACAUGAAGCCCCGCUCAUUUUGGAGUUACUGUUUAGACUUUCUGUCUAGACCUUUCACGUUUAAACUCUUAAACAAUACACAUUUUUUACACAAAGGACAUACUGUAUGUUCACAGCCUUUAACACUAAUUCAAGUACUAUUCAAGUUAUAUAGAAAAGCACAACAGAAAAUUGGCAAAAAGAAAAACACUUUCUGCACGUGUUGUAAAAACCUGCGUCACAGUGUGUUAGUCAGGUGAAGAGCUGAAAAGGGUUAGGAGGUGUGUGCUGUGGGCUGGAACACCAGCCACAUCACUGGUCCCUGACAGUCACAGCCACCGUGGGUCAGUGCAGCUUAAAGUCAGGAACCAGACACCAGCGUCCAUUCAUUCUUUCUCCUGUUGUUCUUCAUAGAGGUUCUGCCUUCCUCACAACUUCCCUCAGCCUUGUAGUCUUGAACAGUUUACUAAGCAGCUGCAGAUGGGAGGUCAGAGGGCACUUGUUGUGUUGACAGCCUGGACAAGGUGCCAGGCAUUCCUCUAACUGAUAACACCAAACCUCUUUACUUAAGCCGCAGCCAUGCUGCCGUGUUAUUGAUUUGACUGUAUUUUCCUUUCAGACGUAUUCCAAACUCAUUUUAGUAGUUUAAAACCUUUGAUGAAGUCAGAUUUCUUUAAUGUAUUACACACUUCAUUACACAGUUAACAGUUUACAUCUAACAGCACACUGCUCCUGCAACCACCGCUCCCUUUGAUUUAUUCGCUAGUGAUCGUAACAUGCAUCAGCUUUACAUUUCGUCUCAUUGAUUGACUUGAUUUGCUACAAAGACGAGAAGCACUUAAACCGUUAAAGCUGUAAGUGGAACGUCCUCCAAAGGUUUUUGAUAUUCAGUACGUACCAGUUCAGCUUUAGGGGCAUGAUGCCUAACAUGAGAGGAACAAUCCUGAAGAAAGAGUUAAAUCACAAUCAGUGCUCUUCGUGUUGAUCUUGAAGUUGAAUACAAUCUGUAAUGCUGUUUGACAAGUUUUGUCUGAAGAUGACUUACUUAAAUGAUUCAAUUUGGUUUUAUUAAGAAGAGUGAAAAGACGUUUUCACAAUAUGGGCAUCCAGAAUGUAUAUCUGGUAAUGCCUUGGAAAUGUGGUCACUACAGGUGUUUCGACAACUUCUGAAAGACCCUUUUUUUUUUUUUGCAGUGUAUGCUACCAUUCCAAGAUGACCGGAAUGACACAAUGCUCUGUUUUUGACCAAAUAAAAUUGACACUGAGUAGUA